UUUGUUGACAAUUGUGGUGCAAAUCGUGUGACAAUUGUCGCGACAAUGGAUGCGAUGAAUGCGCUGAACGUCACCCAAAGUCUGAUCCCAUCGCCGAAGACAUUCUGCGUGAUCCGUGACAUGAACUUGGAUGCCAUCGAGAGACUGGACUCGAGUGACAUCCGACCCAUUCUGCCGACACUCGUGCGGAUGGGAUGGUGUAUACCACUGGACACGUCGGACGAGUGGUCCGAUCGCCGCAAACACAUCCAGCAGAUGCUGUCCGGCAUCGAAGUGAUCAAUAAUGUGGUGAAUCUCUUGUCCUUCGACUUCCACGCGCUCGAGAUGGACGUCCGCAAAGAGCAACAGUUACGGCUGAAGUUAGGCUCCAAUGCCAGCGACUCACUCCUCAUCACAUCCCUGGCCGACGGGUUGGCCCUCGAGUUCGAGCGCUGCGAUGGCAUCAGGAAACUGAGGCUUUUGUUGAGUGAAUUGAUUUCAAUCAUGGCUUUCGUGCGCCAAACCGUCCAUCAGAGCCAACAACAGGUGACGGGUCUUCGGCCGUCGGAGCUCUUCGACAAUGAGGUCUACUUGGAUGAGGUGUCGGACGUGCUGUGCAUUGCCAUCGCAGAGCUGCCCAACACUCUGCUCAUCCCGGAUGUCGUGGAGGCGUUACUGCACGUGAAGAACGGAACGGCACUUAUCUGUCGAAUUGCGGCCAAUUUUGCCGAAUCUUUCGGUGAUAUCUGUCUUACGCUUCUGAACAAUGGCGACAAACACGACGACGAGUCCUUCUGCGGUCGCACCCGAAUCACAGCCCUUCGACUCCUCUGCCGAAUGAAUCCGUCGGAAGCGCUGACAGUGAGGGCCGAAGCGGUCGAGUUGUGCCGAAUGCCGAGUCUUACCAUUCAGUUGACACUCGACUACAUCGAGAACAGAGACAAAUCGAGUGACUGUUUGCCGCAAACAGAUAUCGUGUCAUUCAUUACGGGAAUUCUGUUGGGAAAUGACGACAGGAUUAGGAACUGGUUCUCCACUUACAUAAGGAUCGGCCAGAAGAAGAUGGAUCAGUCCAUUCAGACGAGUCUCGUGGACCUCAGGAAACAGUUACUCAAGAGUGUCGACAAUUUGGUACAAAAUGGCCUCAAAUCGGAGGGCAGUCUAGAGUCGGGUGUGUCUGAGGGCUGUGUUCUCAUCCGACUCUACUGUGCCUUAAGAGGUGUGGCGAACAUGAAGUUCACCGAAGAGGAGACCAACUCUAUUGUGGCGCUUAUUAUAUGCCAUCCGCCGCCCAAUCAGAUCGGCAUCCGAUUUGUGUCAUUAGGUCUUUGUAUGAUAUUGUCGUCGCCUCUGCUCAUCACGAGCGCAGACAACGAGCAGAAGGCCAUCGAAUGGAUCAAAUGGUUGGUCAAAGAGGAGAGCUAUUUCGGGCGCAUAACUCACGUGAAGUCGUCGUUCGGCGAAAUGUUGCUCUUAAUUGCCAUUCAUUUCCACUCAAACCAAAUGACGGCUAUCGCUGAGUUGGUCUCAUCCACGUUAGGCAUCAAACUCCCCAUUCGUACCAAUAAUCUGAAUCGAAUCAAAAUCAUCUUCACUCAGGAGAUAUUCACGGAUCAGACGGUCACCGCACACGCCGUCAAAGUGCCCGUCACUGAGAACCUCAACAGCUCUGUCGCCGGUUUCCUUCCGGUGCACUGUAUUUACCAGUUGCUCAAGAGCAGAGCCUUUACUAAACAUAAGGUUCCCAUAAAAGACUGGAUUUUCAAACAGAUUUGUAACGCCAGUCCACCCAUUCAUCCCAUUUUUAUGCCACUGGUCGAGGUGUACGUCCACUCCAUCAUACAUCCCAGUCCUAAGCUCUCCUCAAAUACAACUAACGAACCCUUUUCUGAAGAGGAAAUUAUCCGCAUUUUUAAGUAUAAAGUCUAUUCAGUCGAAGACAAUAGCAAUGACUACCAAAUGGAGGGCACAGAGAAAGAGGUGUCGUGUGAACUGACAUCACAGCUAUUAUUACUGUAUUUCGUAUUACUUUACGAAGACAUCCGUCUGUCCUCUCAUUCAAAGAACACUCAAAUCAUAGACAGAAAAGUAAUGAAAUAUUCGCCCGAAUUUUUGGCUCAAAUUCCGAUUUUCUUUUUAAUACAAUCGGCGCGAAACGAUCAACACAACUAUGGGGUCAUCAUCUCAUCCCUCCUGCGACUCGUGUCACACCAUUACCCACACCUGUGUCUCGUCAAAGACUGGUUACCUUCGGAACCAUUGAAUCCUAGAGAACUGACCUCUAAAUCGCCACAAGUUUUAACUCAAAACGAAAGACAAUUGUUUCUGAAUUCGUUUGACUCAAACUCGCCGUCACUUAUAGUCUCAGUGUUGGAGCGAUUGCUAACUUUGCCGAAGAACUACUUGUGGCCGUUGGCGCCCGACUUUAUAUCGAAACUACCGUUUCUGUUGUUGCCGUCAACGCCACGACAGGUGCGACAGAAAGCGAAGAUUGUUUGGUUUGAAUUGAAUUCAAUAUUUCCGCGAAAACUAUGGGUUAUGACAGUGAAUGUGUUGAGACCCAAAUACUUUGGAUUUAUGCCCAAAAGCCAGGUCUUGACGUGGAGUGACAUUAUGUCCGAUCCGUUGCAUGUGUUGCGAUGCGAUGACCGCAUCUUCAGGAAUGCAGAGCUCAUGGAAAUCACGUUACAUAUGUUGAGUGCAUUCCUGGCCGCCUCCAGAAUACACUUAACCCACCAUUUGUUGGAAACGCCGUCGCGUUCGCCAGAAGAGGAGAAGGACAGAGAAGAGCUUCGGUCGGCAUUACUGACAGCACAAGAGAGCGCAGCCAUUCAGAUACUGCUGGAGUGUUGUGUCGCUAAACCGGACGAAACGGAUACCAAUUUGCUGACAAAUCUGAGAGAAGUUCAGGGAUUAAUUUGCAGUCAUUUGCAUCAAGUCUUCAUCAGUGACCCAAAUAUAGCCAAAUUGGUUCACUUUCAGGGCUAUCCCAACGAUCUCUUACCACUGGUUGUCGCCGCCAUCCCUUCGAUGCAUAUUUGUCUCGAUUUUAUUCCGGAACUCUUAGGACAACCGGAUCUCCAGAAACAAGCAUUUGCAAUGAAUUUGUGUUCGUAUUUAUGCAAACAAUAUUCAAUCGCCAAGUCGUUUAGUGUCGCCAAACUGUGUUUCAAUGUGUCCACAACACUGGUGUCGGUGCUGCCGAGCGACAAAAGGGCGCCGUUUUUCACGAACGUAUUGCCGGCUCUGAUCCGAAUGUGCGGCCCAUUCCCCCCACUGUGCGAGGAUGCCGUCAAACUGUUGGUCCAGUUGUCACAAAUCAAUAUGUCGUGUCUGGCCUCCACUUCCCCGCACUUCAUGUUUCCCGACGCG